GUCUUGUCAAUGGAGCUCAACGUGCUGAACAAGCCAUUGCUGGUCUCCGUCAACGGCGAGUUGUCCGAACUGCCGACUUGCGGCGCAUCAACCAUCCUCCUGAUCAAGGUGAGCAAGAUGCCCCAGCAGCACGACCUGAAUCAGUGCGAUCAUUUUCCUAUGAGCCAACUGAACCCAUCGAUGAUUUGCCAAAAGAUCCUGCUGAAGAUCCACCUCUACCUGUGGCUGAUCCGUCUUCUGGCUUGGACUUGCCAACGGAUCCCGGUUUGGACUUACCGGAUGAGUCAAGGCGCUUGGACUUGGAAUUGCGCGACUCUGAAGAGCCACAACCUUCACAGCAAGCUGAAGCAGCAGCAGCAUCCUCCAGCGGAGAGGCAGGGGCUGGACUUCUGCCUGAACCUCUUCCGCAAGAUGUUCCAAUCCCUGAUGGUGAUGACAGUGAAGCUGAUCAGCCCACCAUUGCAGCUGACAACACCACCACCCAAUCUUCAAUGCCUGAGGCACCUCCACAACUUCCCGGACUUUCCUUUGCUGAACGCCGACGGCAACAUGAAAGAAGUGAGACUUCUUGGAUGCGAUCUCCAUUGUGGCCACUGGUGCAUGAUCACCCUGAUCCUCAAAGCCCUGGCAAAUCAAAACGGGCCAAGCACCAUGAAUCGGUCAACAUCGCUGUGGAGCUCUUUCCAAAUGGCUGCGAAGGCUCAACCAACCUUCCAGCUGGAUGGCACUAUACCACAAAUGGCCUGACAAUGAGACGCAACAGCCGCAUCAUCCUGGUCAACGAGGAGCAGUCUGCCCCUGUGAGUGAUGAACCAUGGUUUGGAAAGACCUUGUACCCACUGACCAAAGAUGCUGCAGCUGAGUUUGGCCAAAACUACGUUGGCGACCUGUCCAAGAAGUUCAACAACAAAACCAUCCGAAGCCGUGGCCAUAUCUGGUCUGCCCAAGCUUCACCCAAGAAGAAGAACGUCAAGGAUUCAGCUGACCUGAAGGAAAGCCGAAUGAGUCUUGAAGACCGCCUGGCGUUCAUCGAGGGCAAGAAAGCUGAGUUGGCCUCCAUUUUUGAGAAUCAAGUUUGGGAGAUUGAGCUCCAUCCUGAGAAGGUCGAUUGGAACCGCGUGAUGAAAGCACGGUUUGUGCUGAAGUGGUCUGCCGACAACAAUGGCAACCCACGCGCAAAAGCACGUUUGGUUCUUCGAGGAUUUUCUGAUCCAGAUCUACUACGAGGAGAGCUUGACACAUCUUCCCCUACCUUGAGCCGAUCCUCACGGCAGAUUCUCCUGGCCAUUGCAACUUGCAAAUCCUGGCUUGUUUUCACUUCUGAUGUUGCGACAGCCUUUCUUCAAGGCGAUUCCCAAAGACGCUUGCCAGCUGAUUGGUGUGCCAGCCGGUACACUGAUGCUGAUGGAAAAGGUGGCUGGUGGUUGCGCCAACAGGCGUACGUCCAAAAGAUCAAACCUUUGACCUUGAGCGAUUCAGAUGAGAAUCGUGAAUUGACUGUCAAAGAAGUGACAAUGCUCCGUGGACUUCUAGGAGCGCUUCAAUGGCCAGCAACCCAGACUUCACCUCACCUCAGUGCAAGCGUGAGUCUUUUGUGUGGCGAAGUGAGCGCCGCAGCACUACAUGAGCUAUGCAUGAUAGCCUUGAGCGAUGCAGCCUGGGGCGUUCUAGAGAACCAUGAGUCCCAAGGCGGCUACUUUGUUUUGCUGAUGAAUGUGAAAGCCCUGCAAGGUCAAUUGGACCAACCCUAUGUUGUUUUGGAUUGGCGAAGCUACAAACUUUCCAGAAUCAGCCGCAGUAGCCUCAACUCUGAAGCACAAGCAUGCGCUGGUGCAAUGGAUGCUCUUGAGUAUCUUCUGAUCUUCUGGCAUGGAUGUGUGACUCCUUGCUUCGAGUUGCGCCACUUGGACGUCCACGACAUCCAAAUGCAGUCAGCCUUGGUGGUCGACGUCGACGCGAAGGCGCUCUAUGAUAGCCUGAAAGCUGAAGUUCCACAGAUGCAAGGCGACCGAAGAUCCAAGAUUGAGGUCAUGGUUGUGAAACAGAAAAUGGAUGAGAUGAAAACGAAGCUGAAAUGGAUUUCAUCAGAGACCCAACUGGCAGAUGGUGUUACCAAAAUUGCAGCACGGCAAUUGCUUGCAGACCGCUUACGGUCCCAUGUCUUCUCCCUGCACUCUGACCAGAGCUUCCAAGCAGCAAAGAAGAAAACUCUUGCUGAACGACAAGCUUCAGCUAGACGCAAUGCGAUUGGUCGAUUGCAGAAAGGCAUUGGUUUUGCAGUGCUGACAAAUCAACUUGAGCCAGUUCGAGGUGAUGAUUUUGCAAAAGAUUCCUUUUCAUCCUACAACAUCAUUUUCAUCUUUACCUUCCUCACCAUGUUUGUGGCGACAGUUUUUCUGGCAUGGCAGUGCUUAGAAAGAAUGACAAGGUCCCUGCCGAGACCUAUGGCUGUACCUAGGUUUCAAACCUCAAGAAUGCCCUGGUCACUGAUGAGACCUUUUGCGUUCCUAUGGAAUCAACAAGCUGCGCUGGAAGAUGUAUCAACCCAAACCGAAAGUGGACGUGAUCAAACUAUUCACCUUUUGAACUUCAGAGUUCAGAUGCUGCAACAGCAGGUGAACGACAAAGACGAAAGAAUCCAAGAUCUUGAAAAUUUGGUUCACUACUACGAGCAAGAUGUGACAUCAACCUCUUUGUUUGUGAGCCGAACUGGAGCCCGAUAUCAUUUGCAUCGUGAUUGUCGAGCGCUUUUACAAGCGAAUCAAGCCGGCAUACGAGAUUUGAAAUGCUGCAGCCAAUGCAUUUAG